AUUCCCACUUGCAUUUCACCGGUGGUGGAUUCUCUUCAUCAUCCUUUUUUGAUUGUUUAUCGGCAGGCACAGAGCUAUGAUGACACAAGUCAUGGUGUGUCUUCCUCGAUGGAUUGCCGUUUUUAUUCAGUUUCUGUUGGUCUUCAUAUUGAGAUGUUCUGCUAAUGACUUGACGAUAGACCCCAAGGGAUAUGUUGUCUACUGUCCUUGCAUGGGGCGCUUUGGUAACCAGGCAGACCAGUUUCUAGGAGCGUUGGCUUUUGUUAAGAGUCUGGAUCGCACCAUGGUGUUACCUCCUUGGGUCGAAUACGGCAAGCCAGGUGGAAGACCUCCAUCAGUCCAGAUUCCGUUUGAUACCUAUUUCCAAGUGGAACCCUUGGCCGAAUACCACAGGGUAAUUACAAUGGAAGUCUUCAUGAAGAAUCUCGCUCCCAAAGUCUGGCCCAUUGGAAAGAGAAAAGGAUUUUGUUACACCUACCGCCAGGACAGCUCCUGCAUGAUGAAAGAAGGCAACCCCUUCGGACCUUUCUGGGAUAACUUCAAGGUGGACUUUGAUUCCUAUGUAGAGUAUGGGGCUGGCCUCAACUAUGAAGCUUCAAGCCAGAAUGCUAGAAAAUGGAAUGAGAGAUUUCCUGCCUCGUCACAUCCCGUCCUUGCCUUCGGUGGUGCUCCAGGAAGUUUCCCAGUACAAGAGCAAAAUGUUCCUCUACAUAAAUUCCUUGUCUGGUCCAAGUUCAUAGAGAAACAAGCCAAUGACUUCAUUGCUAAGAACAUCCCUGAAGGACCGUUCCUUGGGCUGCAUAUGAGAAACGGUGUAGAUUGGGUAAAUGUCUGCGACAAUCACAUCGGGAAGGAGACGAACCGACACCUGUUUGGCUCACCACAGUGUCUAGGCUACCACUUUGAGCAUGGACAGGUGACUCAAGAGAUGUGUUUCCCACCUCGGGACCUCGUUAAGAAACAGGUGCGCAGGAGGGUUAAGAAGAUGAAAGCUAAGGUGGUGUUUGUGGCUGCUGAUGCCGACCCGAUGAUAGCAGAGCUUACAAAGAUGCUGGAACCAUACAAGGUGAAGGUUGUACAGUUUGAUGAUCAUGAGCCGCAUGUAGAGUUAGCAAUCCUAGCAAAGUCAGAUCACUACAUAGGUAACUGUAUAUCCACAUUCUCAGCAUUUGCAGCCAGGGAGAGGCUGAUGGCUCACAAGACAAACUCCUUCUGGGCUGUUGAUAAUCUACUCUCCGAGUCUAAACCCAAGAAGAAGAGAAAGAUUGUCGGCCAUGUCGCUGAUGAACUUUAAUGCUAUAGAUUUUGGUUUAACCCAUUUACAACGAUGUGUGUUCGCACUGUAUACUCAGUACUUUCCCGAGCUCUGCGAAAAAAAUCACAGGCAAAUUUCUCGAGUAGGAUUCGAACCCAUGACCUUUGCAAUUCUAGAGCAGUGUCUUAUCAUAUUGUAAGUGACCCCUGGACACUCACUGCUCUAGAACUGCAAAGGUUUGGGUUUCGAAUUCAACCCAAACAAUAUGCCUGUGAUUUUGUUCACAGAGCUCGGAUAAUAAUGAGCAUACAGUGCUAAUACACAUCGGUGUAUAAUGUCACAUCGGUGUAUAAUGUGAGAAACCAUUAUUAACAUUCAUUAUUCCCGAUGCAAAUUUCCAUCUAUUAAAGCUUUAAUGUUAAUUUGUUGUAGAUAGGGGCGUUAACGACGCCCAAUAUUUCUCAACUAGAUCUUCCUUAAAGGAAUUAAUUGAUCUAGUGAAGAAAGUAUUGCUGUGAGUGGUGUUCUUAGUGUGUUCUUGGUUGUUGGUUUCUUUUUUUAGCUUUGAAGGUAUGUUUUUUCUUUUUUAAAGUUUAUUUUGAAAAUAUUAUUUUUAACUUUUUAAAAGUUUAUUUUGAAAAGAUUUCUUUUUUUUUAGGUAGCAACUUCAUAAUCAAGUUAUUUUUAAGUAAAACACCUUGUUGUUUUAUUUUGUAUUUCAUCAAAUGCAGAAACAUCUUUUCCUCAAAGUUAAUCAUUGAUUGCAUUAACAAUCUAAACAUAAAACUUUAUGUGCAAAAAGUAUAUAAGAUCUCAUUUUAAAGUGUUGGAAAACGCAUUGAUGAAAUAUAGGUUAAAAAUUACAGUUUUUAAUUUUUAUUUUUGUAUUCAACAUUUUUAGGGAAUUAAUUCACCAUGAAAAUGCAGGUAUUUAAAUGUUAUGGAAGUGGUGUUUAUUGAGGGUUUAACAAAACAGCAUUAAAACCAAGCAGCUUUGUAUUUCGCAAAAAAAAAUUAUCACUUAAUUUUUAAAUCUUCAGCAAUAAUAAAUAUUGAAUAUUCAUUUGAAAGAAUCUCUUUUUGAGGUACCCCAAAAUUGAGUGGAGGGGCAAUCCGUCAAAUGUUGCAUUCUUUAAGAUUCUUUUUAAUGUUGAUGAUAAUACUUUUGGUCUUAUGUCUCACACAUGUUGUAAAUAUUGUUAUAACUUGUGCCUUACAAAUUAUCUUCUUUACUUUAUACUUGUACAUAAUUAUUGGAAUUAAACAUUUUUA